UAAGUUUUCAACUCAGAAUAUUCUCGUCAGGCUAAGCAAAAUUUGCCUUCGAUUCAUUCCUCGCCAUACAUAUUCUAUGGCGGAUAAAUAUCUGCAAUCACAUCAUAUAUAGCCAAAUGCGUGCAAUAAAAUGGGGAUCGCUUGCACUUCGUACAGGGUGCACAGAAUGGCCGUAGCCACGUCCAUUUUACUGCAUCCAAAAUGUGUCCACAGUUCGAAUCCUACCAGGAAAUUGCUGUCGAAUUCGAAGGUUGCCGCAUGGAGUGGGCGGCACGUAGAUAGCAGAGGGCUUUUGGGAAAAAACUCUAGUAGCUUGGUCUGGUUUAGGGUUUUAAGCAGUAGUCGUUUAAAGAUUAAACGAAUCGCAGCUUUUUCCACGGUGGCAGCUACUCAGGAAGCACCGGCGAAGACUGAGGCAGAUGAGGGGUUUAAGCGGGUUGUUUUGCCUACCAACGGAAACUCUGAGAGGCUCCUUCGCAUUCGCCACACGAGUGCUCAUGUGCUGGCCAUGGCAGUGCAAAAAGCUUUUCCUGAUGCUAAGGUUACAAUAGGUCCAUGGAUUGAAAGGGGUUUUUAUUAUGAUUUUGAUAUGCAGCCUAUAGCAGACAAGGAUCUGAAGAAAAUCAAGAAAGAAAUGGAUUAUAUAAUAAAGAAAAAUCUACCUCUAAUAAGGGAAGAGGUUUCCAGGGAGGAAGCAGAGCAACGGAUAAGGGCCAUCAAUGAGCCAUACAAAUUGGAAAUUCUUGAAAGCAUUAAAUCUGAACCAAUCACUAUCUACCAUAUUGGGAAUGAAUGGUGGGACCUUUGUGCGGGACCACAUGUUGAAAGUACUGGGCAACUUAACAAAAAUGCCGUUGAACUUGAAUCUGUGGCUGGGGCUUAUUGGAGAGGAGAUGAAAAGAGGCAGAUGCUGCAGAGAAUAUAUGGCACUGCCUGGGAGACUGAAGAGCAGUUGAAAGCUUAUCAGUUUCUUAAAGAGGAGGCAAAACGGCGUGAUCACAGGCGAUUAGGGCAGGACCUAGACCUGUUCUCUAUACAGGAGGAAGCAGGAGGGGGCUUGGUAUUUUGGCAUCCUAAAGGAGCUAUUGUUAGGCAUCAUAUCGAAGAUUUUUGGAAGAAAACUCAUAUACAGCAUGGUUAUGAGCUUCUUUAUACACCACAUGUGGCCAAAGCUGACCUUUGGAAGAUAAGUGGACAUUUAGAAUUUUACAAAGAAAACAUGUUUGAUCAAAUGGAUAUAGAAGAUGAGCUUUAUCAACUUAGACCUAUGAAUUGCCCCUAUCAUAUACUAGUCUACAAAAACAGCACUCGCUCGUACAGGGAUUUACCUUUUAAAGUUGCAGAAUUGGGUACAGUAUAUAGAUAUGAGAUGUCUGGAAGCUUGCAUGGUCUUUUCCGCGUAAGAGGUUUCACUCAGGAUGAUGCACAUAUCUUCUGUUUGCCCAGUCAGAUCAAGGAAGAAAUAAGAUCUGUUCUAGAUCUUACUGAAGUAAUAUUGUCUCAAUUUGGUUUUAAGUAUUAUGAAGUCAACUUAUCAACAAAGCCUGAGAAAGCAGUGGGCAGUGAUGAUAUUUGGGAGAAAGCGACUUCUGCUUUAAAAGAUGCUCUUCAAGACAAGGGUUGGGAUUAUUCUAUUGAUGAAGGAGGAGGUGCAUUUUAUGGUCCAAAGAUUGAUCUUAAGAUUGAAGACGCCCUUGGAAGAAAGUGGCAAUGCUCAACAAUUCAGGUGGAUUUCAAUUUGCCUCAGCGAUUUGAUUUAUUCUAUAUUGAUUCAAACUCAGAGAAACACAGGCCAAUAAUGAUUCACAGAGCUAUCCUAGGAUCUCUUGAACGUUUCUUUGGCAUAUUAAUAGAGCAUUACACUGGUGAUUUUCCCUUGUGGCUAUCUCCAGUACAAGCCCGUCUCUUACCUGUAACAGACACCCAGGUGCCAUACUGUCAGAAGGUGGUGGAAAUGAUGAGGAAAAAAAAUAUUAGAGCAGAAAUAUCAUAUGGUGAGCGUCUUAGCAAACUAAUUAGGAAUUCAGAAACACAGAAGAUACCAUUAAUGGCUGUUGUGGGGCCAAAGGAGGUGGAUAGUGAAACUUUAACUGUUCGUUCAAGACAUGGUGGAGAACUUGGAAUAAUGACUGUCAAUGAGGUUAUAGAAAAAAUUGAACAAGCUGUAGCUGCCAGAAGUUUUGUGUAGCAGAACAAAAUUAAUGUUUGGAAAUGGCUGUCAUGACAGUUUUGCAGUCUAAGAACCUUUUCUUGUUUUCAGGAUUUGGUUCAUAAUCUUUUUUUGACAGCUGACAAAAUCAGUAAUGAAAGUCAAGAAGCCUUUUGCCAUGUAGAAAAACAUUUUUUUAUUUCAGUUUACAGUUCAGUAUCCACAACUGCUGCUGGUAUCAAUUUCCUAUGCUAUCAUGUUUUUAUUUAAGCCUCUACGAUGGGAAGAUGUGUCAUUAUUUACUUAUUGUAGGCAGAUCAAUCUGUCCAGAUGAUUUAUGUGAAUAUUCAUCAUACAAUUAUGGCACAAAUUCAUCAUACAAAUGCUAGAUAUUAAAAGCUGAUGAGAAUUUUACGGCCUCACAAACAAAUGUAAUAGAUUUGAUUAAUUGACCAUUUUGACACGCCUCAA